UUCUCUCUGCAAUAACUCAGUUAUUACUUAUCAGACACUUCUCUCGUUUUUCAACUUUCCCCCAAAUCGCUGAUUUUUCUCAAUCAAAAAUUCCGAAAACCCUAGAAAUAUUUAACUUGCUUCAAAUCCAUUUGGGGAAGAAGAUGAAGAUUAUGGUAGCAAUUAAGCGCGUCGUCGAUUAUGCCGUCAAAGUUCGAGUUAAACCUGAUAAGAGUGGAGUGGAGACGAAGAAUGUGAAAAUGUCGAUGAAUCCAUUUUGUGAGAUAGCGUUGGAAGAGGCGCUUAAAAUUAGGGAGGCUGGGUUGGCGUCGGAGGUGGUGGCAGUGAGUAUGGGACCAACUCAAUGUGUGGAUACUCUCAGGACGAGUCUAGCUAUGGGAGCUGAUCGAGCUAUACAUGUGGAAUCGUCGUCGUCUGAUCAUCUUUACCCGUUGAAUGUUGCCAAGUUGCUUAAGGCACUUGUUGAUGCCGAGAAGCCGGGGCUUUUGAUACUUGGCAAACAGGCUAUUGAUGAUGAUUGCAACCAAACAGGACAAAUGGUGGCAGGUCUGCUUAAUUGGCCCCAAGGGACAUUUGCAUCAAAGGUUGUGCUGGACAAGGAAAACCAAACAGCAACAGUUGACAGAGAGGUGGAUGGUGGUAUUGAGACGCUAUGUUUAGACUUACCAGCAGUUAUAACUACUGAUUUAAGAUUGAACCAGCCCAGAUAUGCUACACUACCCAAUAUAAUGAAGGCAAAAUCAAAGCCUAUAAAGAAAGUGACUCCUGAGGAGCUGAAUGUGCAUAUAAGAUCUGAUUUAGACGUGGUCGAAGUUUCUGAACCUCCAAAGAGGAAAGCAGGGGUCAUAUUGUCUUCUGUGGAUGAGCUGAUAGACAAGCUUAAAAAUGAAGCUCGUGUCAUAUGAUACCACAGUGAACCACAUAUGUGGCUGAGAUUCCCAAAGUUGUACAUGUUAUCGCUUUGACAGUUAAUGGUCCACUUGAAACUGAGAAUGAAUAUCUGGGCAGAUAACUCCAUUUUGUAUGUAUGUAUACUUUCUUAACAAAGUCGCAUGUUGGCUCUUGUAUAUUUAUUUCUGAAUUAAGUUACUAAUGAAAACAAUUAUAUACUUUUCACUCUUUAAA